AUGGAUAUCGAUGAUAUUACAAAGUUUGCAAAUAGUAGAAGAAUAGCCACGGAUGCAGACAAGUUACGGGAGAAAGUCACUAAAGAAGAGGAAGAAAUUAUAAAGUCAAAGGUUGCUCAAGACACCGCGUACUGGGAAUUGAAGGAGAAGUUGCAGCAAGUGCAAGACAACCAUGAGAGACUGCAGCAGAACAUGGCUGAGGUGCAUAUGCAGCAUGAGGCCGCCAACGCUAAGUACCAGGAAGAGCUGAGACAUCGACCUGAGAUACUCAACAAACUGUCAUUCACGCGUAAGAUCUGCGACGUGCUGCAAGAGUCGAGCGAGCGGCUGCAGGAGACGCUGUCGCGCUGCAAGGCGGACGGCGCCAAACUGUACACAGCAUUCAACAGGUCCGCGGAGCAGCUACGGGAGAUGCGCCAUAAGCAGGUGCUGCAGGACGAGAAGGUCAAACAUCAAGUUGAAGGCCUGCAAGAGAAAGUGUCGAUGUCGAGCAACCACUUCAGCGAGCUGGUUGAAUUCCUGACGAGCGCGAAGCAGCAGGUGGAUGGUGAGCUAACGGAAGUGCGCGCGCAGCUCGCGACCGCUAACGCCCGCAACAACGACCUGCUCACCGCCCUCGGUGAUAGCAACAGGGAAAUAGACAGGCACAAAUAUGAGACGGACAGGAAAGAUGAUAUGAUAACGCAUCUUCAACGUGAAAUGAAGAGACACGAAGAUGAAUACAACAUCCAAACCAGCAACGCGAACAAAACCCUCGCACAGAAAGAUAAAGAGAUUCAAGAAGCAAUAGAUGAUGUUCAAUCUCUCAAGCAAGCGUUGAUGAACCAAGAACAAUUUAUAAAGAGCGUGAGCGACGAGAGAAACUCACUGCAAGAGAAGGUGGCUGACUUGGAGGAGGAGCAGCAGCGUCUGGUGGCUGCUAUGGAGUCACUCAAGAUACAGAUGCAGGAUACAAACUCCGCCAGAGCAUGUGUAGAAGAGAAUUUGAAUAAGGCAUUAAAUGAAAAUAACGAUUUAAAAAAAGAAAAUUUUGAUUAUGUUCAAGAAAUGGAGGAUUUACAAAUGCAAAUAAAUUUAUUGGAAAAGGAUAAAACACAAAUCAAUGAUGAAUUGCAACAAAGUAAGAAAGAUUCCAAUGAAAAAUUUGCACAAAUACAGCAGCUGGUGACUGAAAAGAAACAGCUCGAGGAUCACAUCGAAGAAAUUAAAAAUAACGCUAAAGCUUACCAGGAAAUCGCCGAAGGUAAACAAAAGGAUUUGGAGAUUCAACUUCAAAACAAGGAUAAUGAAAUAGAUACGAAAGUUAAUGCAAUAAAUUGUCUCAUGUCUGAGGUGAAGACAGCGACAGAUGUAAAAUUUAAACUAGCCAAGGUUAAGAAAGAGAUGGAGCUAGAAAGAGACGCUAUGAAAGAAAAGGAAGAGAAAUCGAAGAAAGAAAUUAAAAAGCUUCAAGAUAGCGUUCGAGUCAAGGAAGCUGAACUUACUCAGAACAUGUCUAUGAUUCUGGAGUUAAGGAGAGAAAAGGGUCGUCUGCAGCAGACUAUCCAAGACAUGCAGAAAACCUUAGACAACGUGGAGAAGAAGUUGACCGGCCGGCGCUGGCCGCCCCCUAAGGAACAUUUCGUCCCCGAGCUCGACGAUAACGCCGUCAUGAUGACCCCCCCUCGCGCGAAAGUAGCAAGGCAAGAAACUGUUGGAAAAAGGCUGGAGCUGACGCCACCCGCCGCCUCCUCCACUGUGCCCACCGCGCCCACCGCGCCCACCGCGCCCACCGCGCCCACCGCGCCCACCGCGCCCACCGCGCCCACCGCGCCCACCGCGCCCACCGCGCCCACCGCGCCCACCGCGCCCAUGGCUGCCUGGAGUCCCGAUAGUUUGUUUAAAAUCUUUUCCGACUCUAGCUCUGAUGACGAUACACUAAACGAGACGGCAGUGAAGCGCUGUUUCGCUGCUCUGUCUCGUGGCGAAACUCUGUCGCGUGCGCAAAUGGCCACGUUGAAAAAACGACCCAAUCGCAUUGAACCAAGGAACCAAAUUCAAAAGCAACAAAUGCCACAAGAAAUUGUAUCAAAUGCGAAGGAGGAUACUGCAAAGUCAAGACCUCGAAAAUUCUUCAAGCAUAAGAGGUUGGAAACAAAGAAAUAG